AUGUGACGUGAGUCCAAUCUACAAUACUUUGAUAAAAUUUCAUACAUCACAAAUGUAAAUGAAGGCAUUUAUGAGAGUAUAUCUAAGUGUGGAAUCUGACAACGCAACUAAACAAAUUCUUAUCAUCACAAUAAAUCAUUUUGUUAUAAACGUCUUAAUCCCUGUUCCGUACCUGUCGAAGUAUCAAAGUUUAUCGCCAUUGAUAAAUAGUUUGAUAUUCGUUGAAUAUAAUUCGUUGUUCGUAUAUUUCGUUGAGUCGUGUUUAGUAUUAGUUGCUUUGGAGUGAGGAGUAUGAGUGCGGUGGUGAACGAAUUUUGUGAUUUGCUGCAGUCGCACGCCAACAGAGAUAAGGUAGUAUCACUAGCGAGCUACAUUCUCAAGUUAUGGGGCUCGUCCGCGCAGUGCAAGGAGCUGCUGGCCGCGAGCGCGCGGCUGGCCGGCGCACGCGCAACAUUACGGCUCUUUGACGACGCUACCGCUCUCAAAACUUUGCUGGCAUACGGUUGGGGGCAACAGGACGGUCCACUAUGGGGCACCCUGGGCGUGGCGGGCAGUGUGUUCAACCUGAGCUACCUUCAAGCUGAGAAGGUGGUCUGGCUGAUCGAUGUGGGCGUGCUGGUGGUCUCCAAGGAGUUUGACUACACCGCCAGAACCGCGCAUAAGGUGUUCUGGUCGUUAUCUGCUUUUGUUGGACUUAUUCGAUCAAUCAGGGCGUUGCACGCAAGCGCUUUAGCUGUAAAAUCGGCGCGUACUAAAUGCGCCGGCGCACGUUACCGCCAGGCCUGCUUCACGUCCAGCAAGGCGUUGCUGGACGUCGUCCACGCCGUCAGCUGGCUGCCACGUGGCUGGCUGUGGGGCGGACGGCUCAGUGCAGAGAAGGCUAGCACUGUCGCUAUAACGUCGGCUGUGUUAGCGUUGAUCAUACAUUAUCAUGGGAAGAGGCUGGCGCCGGCUAAGACUAAAUGAGCUUAUAUUUGAUGUCUCUUUCUCUCAUUCUCGCGAGUUCGUUUCAUUGGCUACUGUGAGGUUUCGAAUCCGCGGUAAUAGUGUCCGCGUAAAAAAAGGCAAAAUUUCGAAGAUUCCGCUGUGAUUUUACGACCGUCCGCCUAGCUGACGUCAACCCUAUUGAAACUAAGAAUGAUGUAGCCUAUCAACUGUCACGGCUGUUCUUAUCCAUGACCUAGUCGCAUCAUACGACAUCCAUCUGCGCAAGAAUGUAUUAUUUGGUUGUUUGUUGGUGUUCCCACAUACGAGGCGUUACAGUGUGUCAAAAAAGUGAAGUAAAUGAAUGAGGGUCUCCUGCUGGCUGGCCAUUCUUCAAUUGACCAUUCUAUUUGGCUAUUGCUAUUGCAGUGGCUAAAAAGGCAGUUCGUUAAAAAACAUUUUUCUUCACUUUCUUGAGACUGUAUAUAUACACAUCUUCGUAAAACAAUAAAACACAAGAUCUCCCACUUGAAAAUGGCAAACAGUAGGAAAUACACGUGAAAAUUAAUCUGUAUCGAGGCAUGCCUUGACAUUAACUAUCAGAUAAAGUGAGAUAGCAAUAGAAUCAAUAACGACUUGUCAGCCCGGAAAAAGAUUCAGACGAAUUGAUAAUUUAUAUUUCUAUAGAUAAGAUAUUUCCUUGCUUACAACGUCUGGAGAUAUGAAAUAUUCCAUACAAUGUUAAUGUGAUGGUAUAUUUUCAUGUUUAUUUUAAUGUUGGAGGUAUUGAAGAAAGAGAAAGGUGUAUUAGUAUACAAGAGGAAAGACGGGACAGAGCGACUUUUGUCCGCGCAGUACCGCUUAAGAAUAAGACUUGUAUGAAAUAGAUCUAUUUGAUUUUGAUCUAUUUGAGAUAGUGGUGUCAAUCAGCAAAAGUGCCUAAUCCUGCCGCCGGCUAUCCUCUCAAUAUAUAGUUAUAUCUUCUUAUUUACCCCUACAACUUUGUACCACCGCAACGCGGGCAGAGAUAUUACGUAAAUUAACAACAAUAGGUAAAUAAGGAAAUCGAGAUGACUCCAUAUACCCCUAUAUGAGGGAGACAUGAGGUACGAAAUGGUAAUAAAAUCCAAUCGUAUUUUUGUUCGAAAUUGUGUAAAACUAGUCAUUACAAACUACCUCAACAAAGUGAAACAAAUUGUUGAUUUUCUUGUAUUUUAUUCGUACAUUUAAUGACAUGGAUUUGUUGAGCACAUUUUAAAUAUGUUAAAGUAGUAUCAAUGUUUACUAUUUACGUGUUUGACUAUAUUGUCUUUAUAGAAUAAUACAUCGAUGCUAAUACGUGAUAAAAGUCAGGAGGUACGCUAUAACCACUGAUUCCAGUAACCAUACAGAGUGGAACAAAUUUUAUGUGGUAAAAUCAUACAUCAAUACACAUAUAUUUAUACUAUGGUACCAAUUAGAGGAAUAAUAACUGUAGCUGGUUUAUUGGUUUGAUUUUAUAGAAUGGUGCAUAGUUCGUAGCAUACAUGCUUGUGGACAUAAUAUAAAGACCUUGUUUUAAAUUGUAGUAACCUCCUGAUCCGAAAAGAUUUUAUUUCUUUGGUUAUAAAAUGAUGUUAUACAAUUAUAAGUGUGCAUGGAAGCAACUACUUUUAGAAUCACAAAAUUUCCGAUAUCUAUGUUAAGGAAAGAUAGAUUGAUUUCAGUAAAACGUACUUUUUACAAUUGCUGUUUGAUUUUUUAACAUAGUUGCACUUGUUUAAAGUAUAUAAUAUAUUUAGGAAAAUAAGAAGACUUGGAAUUAUUUUAUUAUCUUAUUUUAAUAAAACUAAAAACUACUAAAGCUUUAGCUUUUGUUUUAAUAUACCAAGCACCAUUUAAUGCCUAACUACAUUGUUACAAAACUAACAAAAACAUAAUAAUAUUUGAACACGUUUCUAAUAAAAUCAUCGAAAGCAACAUAAUAAUAACAAUAUUUAAAGUAACAUAAACUAGAACUUUGAAAACAGUACAAGUUAAUAAUAUAUCACAAAACUGGGUUACGAUCUGGCAAUCCUACCAUAGUUGCUCAAUGCUAUUAGUUAUUAACGGUCACACAAAAUAGUGCGAUUGAGAAGAAAAAUAACCUUAUGUCACACUCCCACAAAUUACUAUAAUGACAAUUGAGACUAGUUUUCACACAUUACUAACGUGGUUACAAAUGGUUAUGUAGUCACAUGAAUAUAAUAAAGCUAUAUAGAAUUGUAUUAACAAGUUUACGAUCAGUCCGAUUAUGAAAAUAUUUUGGCACAAGACAGCAAGAUACUCGAGUAAUAAAAUA